AUGUCUCAAUCUCGUAUACGAAUACUUGCUCGUAAAAUAGUGCCUGAACAAAUUCAUUACCUUGUUCAUGGAAACACAAUUCGAGUUCCAAGGUACUGGCGGCUCCAAAAGAAUGUCUGCGUGAAGACAGUUGACACAGACUUCGAGGAAACCGUCGAAGAACUAGAUGCGAUUGAGGAAGCAUGUAAGGAAAUUGCUGAAAUUUUAAAGAUUUACUGUUCCGUAUCGAGCGAGCUCAUAUCAAGUUCUCUGAGAGUUGUCAACUCGUUUCAUAUCUUGACUCACACCAGUUUCACCAAUACGGAUGAUGCCCCACAAGAAAUUGGUUCCAGCGCAUGGACCAGUGCGAAGAGCUAUCAAAUUGCUUUAGAGGCGGUAAAUAUUACCUUGCGUGAGACACUUUGUGAAAUUCCACAAGAAUUGGAUUCGAAGAUUGGCAGGCUAAUGGAUACCAUUAACCAUAUACACAAACAAGUGAAUACAAGAGAUAAGCUACUAGCACAAUAUGAGAGCAUGAAAGAUAAGUAUGACUCAUUAACUCUUCUUCAAGCUACCAAAAAUCUUUCUUCUCGCAGAAAACGCGAGCACUUCGAUUUGAAAACGGCCAUGGAGGUUGUGUUAAAGGAGUAUACCGAUUGUAAUUCAAUGAUCUGCUUGGAACUGCCCUAUUUUUUUAAGCUAGUCCGACAAUUCAUUCAGCCAUUCUUGGAACUUUUGUUCUUUAUACAAUUAUCCGUCACAUACCAGACUUACUUGAACUUUGUUCCACUUAUGGAAGAUUUAGGGAUUGAUGACGAAGUAGAAACAUCCUCGUUCCUCAAAGAUCAUCUUGAUACAUUUUCCCUUCCUGAUUCGCUGGAAUUAAAGAAUUUGGAUAUCAUUCAGCUUCAUAAGAAGUACUUAGAACUGCUUAUUCAUGACACGCUCAGUCAAACACAACGCGAAAAUUCGCCAGAAACUUGCGAGGCAUUGUAUGAUUAUAAAUCUGAUGUUCCGGAAGAUCUAGUCUUCUCUCGUGGAGAUGUGAUUCAGGUAUUGCUGAAAUCUGGCAACUGGUGGGAGGGACAGACCCUAAACGGCAGGGGAAUGUUUCCACGAAACUACGUGACUACCACAGCUGAAAAAUUUGUAUCAAGACUGGAAAACGCACAGCAAGCAGUAGCGCCAGUUGAUGAAGUGCUAGAAAACGAUGAAGUUUCACAAAAAGAUGAGCUCACAAUUGAAUGUCCUACGACACAGGUUUCGGUACAAAUAAAAAGUACAGCUAACUCUACUGGCUCAAGAAUAUUGGAGCUUGCUUGA